AUGUCCUCGCUGCGGAAUGCCGCGAAACGGACACAGCACAAAGAGAGGGCGCAGCCCGCCGCGCGCCGCAAGGUGGGGCUGCUGGAGAAGCACAAGGACUAUGUGCUGCGUGCCCAGGACUUCCACAAGAAGGAGGCCACGAUCAAGCAACUGCGACGCAAGGCCGAGGAGCGCAACCCAGACGAGUUCUACUAUGGCAUGGAGCAGGCACGCACAGCGGGCGGCGUGCACAUCCAGCGCAGCACCGAGGCCAACAAGUACACCCAGGAUGAGCUACGUCUGAUGAAGACGCAGGACGUCAACUACCUGGCUCUCAAAGCGCAGGCGGAGGCCAAGAAAGUGGAACGCAUGCAGCAGUCACUGCACCUGAUUGGCGCGCCUGCAGCCAACCAGCAUGUGGUGUUUGUGGAUGAAGAUGAGGAGGCUGAGCGGUUUGAUGCUGCUCGCCACUUUGACACAGCCUCCGAGCUGUUGGAACGGUCCUACAACCGGCCGCGGCUGGCGCAGCUAGCAAAUGCACAGGCGGUGUCUGGAGCAGCUGAGGGAGCCGCACGGACGGUGGCGCAGUUGGAAAAGAAGCGGGGGGGCGCAUACCGCGAGCUGUUGCAGCGGCAGCAGCGGCAGCAACAGCUGGGGGCGCUUGCGCAGCAGAUGGCGUACAACAAGCAGGUGAUGGGCAAGGGACGGAAACGCAAGCUGCAGCCAGAGGAGGGGGGCGGCCUCAGCGGUGUGUUCCGCUGGAAAGCCGAGCGCAAGCGAUAG